AUGAAACUCUCUAUCCUCUAUCUGCUGGCAUUCAGUUCCGGUGGCUUCACCAGCCCCAUCAAACGAACCAAUUCAUUCCAGGUCCAGGACUUCAAUGCCAGUGUAUACUCCAACAAUACCCUUGGAACUCUUCAGUUUGCGGUACAGAAUCCGAGUAACAGCUUGGGAGACCAAUGCUUCAUUUCCUGCCGAAGUAUUGCAUACGUAAAUACCAAAGAGCACUGCAAUUUCGAAUAUUUAAUCUCCUUUGCUCCUUACACUGGCGUCUAA